ACAUCCCAGACCGUCUUCACCCUCUCGGCCUCUCUUCUUCCUUUUCUUUUUCCAAUCCUCUCCAAAGUCCCACCGCAAUUUCUCAAGAAAAUUUUGUACUUCGCGCGAAAUGGCGCAUCAGCAACUGCUACCGUUACCGAUCCAACGACCUUGUCUUCUCCCCUGCAACACUAUAAAUAGCUUGCAACGUGCUUCUGCUGCUCAUAAACCCAUCCUGAUUCACUGUCUCUGUUCUGGGAGCGGCGGUGACACAAGAAACGCUCCUGCUAAGAUUAGGUCGGGAGAAAUCCCUCCGAAUGCGCUUCGUCGGAAGGUGGAUCCUCUUUGGAGGGGAGGCUUCAGUUUAGGAGUCGACUUGGGAAUGUCUCGUACUGGCCUUGCACUCGGCAAAGGCUUUUCUCCUCGGCCUUUAUCUGUUUUGGAGUUUCGUGGUAACAAGCUGGAGUUGCGACUUCUCGAGAUUGCGGAACGAGAGGAAGUUGAUGAAUUCAUAAUUGGGCUUCCUAAAUCUCAUGAUGGAAGGGAGACGCCUCAAUCGAACAAAGUUCGCAGUGUGGCAGGAAGGUUUGCAGUUCGAGCCGCAGAGAGAGGUUGGCGAGUAUAUCUGCAGGACGAACAUGGGACAUCAAUGGAGGCUCUUGACUCUAUGAUUGAUUUAGGUGUCAAAAAGUCUGCUCGCCAAGGAAGAGUUGAUGCCUUCGCUGCAAUGAUGGUACUGAAGAGAUAUUUCUCCAUGUCGGGUUAUGGAGCUGAACUUGUGCUUCCCAAGCAGUUGGACCUUCAACUAAAGCUUCUAAGGGGUCCUGCCAAGGACAAGGAUUUUUUCCCAGAAAAUGUUGAGGCUUGACAAUUUAAGACCAUCCAAACAAAAUUAUAGGUUUCAUCUGGAAUGUAGAAUGAACAGCGUCCACCAGCACAGCACAGCACAGCAUUAUGGGUGGUAAGAGCAACAAGUGCAUAAGAGCGAUGGGUAAUUUUGAAAUCCCUGAAAUGCAACUCAAGUAAAUGGUUCCCUAGGCCAUGUGGUUGGAGCUUGAUGGAAUCUUGUACUGGCCUAAAUACAGUUUAAAGUUACAUCCAUGGUUUUGAAGUAUUGAAGGACAACAUGAAGAGUUUUUAGAUUCUGCCUCUGCAUUUGAGCAGGCUCAUUCACGUUAAUAGCAAGCUUGUCAGAUGGGUAUGAAUUUCAAUUGUGUAGUGGUGCAGGUUGUAGAUUUGUUGGUUAGGACAUAGGCCAGUAAUGAUAGGAAUGUGCGCAAAUGCUGAUCUAGAAUUACUUUUGUAAGUACACUGAUGAUGAGUAAAUGCUUUUGUAUGCUACUUUAGAAAUGGGAUUAUCACCCAGAAAUGUUUUUUCGCUUCUCAUUCUCA